AUCCCAAACUGACCAGCUUUAUUUCGGAGCGACCGGUCAAUACUCUAUUGGGAAAUCAAAGCCUGUUUGUCUACAGUGAUGUGGCCGAUUACAGCUUGAUUGGCGAUACCGCAGCGCAGUUUUUACGUUCCGUACCUAUUAGAGGAGAAGUCAAUCAGAUUGUGGAGGCCAGAUUCGACAUUCCCCACUACGUCCCUGUGUUACGACAACAUUUCGAAACCAUAAAGCUGACCAUUGCCAAUGAUCUGGGAGACGACGCCAAGUUCCAAACUGGAAAAUCCCUUGUAAAGCUACAUUUCCGACCACAACGACUCUACUAGAAUGCCUCUCGUGGCGUACGUGCCGGAUCCCCGGCGAUACGAAAACGUCUUUGUCAGUCAGACGGGUGGCAGCGCAUUGAUCCGGUAUCGAGGAACCCUGCAAAACGGAUCGGGUUUCCCGCAGAUUUUGAAGAACCUUUUUGCAAAGCUCUCAGCCUUUGCUCAACCCAUACUACGGAAAGCAGCACCGCAUAACCAACUCUUUGCAUUACCGGCGACUUUGACGGACCGAUGGCGCACUGAGCAUGAAAAGUUGAACCCCACUACCAUCUUAACGGACAACGGAUCGGCCGGCGAUAUCAAUUUUUUCAUUCCACCCAGCACAUCAGGACUACUCAGUUUGGCGGACAUGAUACUGGAAUUAGAAGUGGGUAUUAAAGUCCGUAAGACCACCGGAGAAUGGGAACUGAUAACAACGGCUGAUGGAGUGGCACCAGCCAACAACUUUCUAUUGAUCUCAGAUGCCGCAACUUUCUACCCGUACCGCGCCUACCUGGAAUCACUGUUGUCCCACACACUGGACGCUCAACAAAGCCAACUGACAUCCGCCGCUUUCUACUACGACAGUCCAGGUUCCUUCAACAGUGAAACAACCAACAACGGUGAAAAAAAUCGAGCGGCACUAUUUAAUGCGGGGCAAUACGUGCAGCUUUCCGGCAAAUUGUUUUCGGACUUGUUUGACCAAAGCAAACCCCUGUGCACCGGAGUUCCCGUUAAUAUUCGCCUGGUGGUGAGCCGACCGGAGUUUGCCCUACGUGUAUGGGAUACGGACACCACCAAGACUUUCAAACCAUUUAUCCGUAACGCGCGUUUGUCGGUACGUCGUUACAUUCCAUCACCGGACUUUCUGACCGCCGUAGCCGGAGAACUCCUGAAAAAAACGGUCAAGUACCAUAUCGAACGCGUAGUGAUGCGCGUGUCGGACAUUCCCCAACGGACUCAAAGCACCGUAAUCAGCAAUUUGCAGAUUGGCCAAAUUCCCAAGGUGGUAUUUAUUGGUUUUGUGGACAGCGAAGACUUUCACGGCUCGCAAAAGAAAACC